CUAUUAAUGAGAUACCAAUGAAAUAUAUCUUACAGCUACGAUAGAAUGAGCCAUUUCUUCUUCUACAUUUGUUCUUCUUUUACAUAUUAUGUAACCUACAAUCUUUUGACUAACACUUCUCCGUAUUAGGAGAGGUGGCAAGGUGGAAUGCAAUAGCGGAGUGCGCGACUAACCUUCUAGGGUCAUAGUUCGUCCCAUUGAGUCUCUUAAGAGUUCAGAUCGAAGUUCAAGACUAAUGAAUUAACCUAACCUAGGUACUUUGUCGAAUGUUUUCGAAGUCAAUAUUCUAAUACUCAGCAAUUGUUAAUUGCUUUGCAAGCAGAAUAUAAGACGUAUUUAUGCAUACAAGGUCGCUCUGUAAUUAAAUUUAAAGAGUAAAUAUAAACCAUCUUAGUUAUAUAAUAAACAUCAAUCUUAUACCGCUUGAACUUAACCAUCAUCUAUCUAUAACUGCCUAACAGGUAACCUAUUAGGCAUUUGACCUCUAAGAUCGAGAACUCAUUUCUAUUCUAUUUCUAUAACCAAUCCAAACUCAAACUUCGGGUUAAGGCUCAGUAUAUGAACACUAUUAAAAACACAAUGUCUAAAAUGCUCUCGCAUGCUAAAAUCACUCCUCAUCGGUCGGCUGCUCGUGGGCACUCGGAUCAUGGUUGGCUCAAUACUUACCACAGUUUUUCGUUCGCCGACUGGUACGACCCUAGGUUUACGCACUUUGGCUCGUUGAGGGUGUUAAAUGAAGACCGAGUCAAGCCGAAUUCGGGGUUUCCAACACACCCUCAUCGCGACUUUGAGAUUUUUAGUUACAUCAUUUCCGGCGAACUAACCCACCGGGAUAGUAUGCUUCGUAAGGGUGCCGAGGGUGGGCAGUCGGACAAGUUUUAUCGGAUGCGUAGAGGGGAUGUCCAGUUUACCACCGGGGGCACGGGCAUUGCCCAUUCCGAACAGAACGAGCACGCAAGAGAUACAGUUCAUUUCCUCCAGAUCUGGGCAAUUCCAUGGAAACGAGGACUCACCCCUAGAUAUCACACUCGCCAUUUUGAUGACGAAGAGAAGCGCAAGGGUUUCGUGCCUAUUUUGAGUCCGAUCAAAGGUGGUCCGGAGGCUACAUUUGAGCAAGAGAAAGUUGCCGAGCCGACAAUUGAGGGGACCAUACCCAUUCAUGCCAACUUCGUCAUGGGAGCCGCUUUGAUCCCGCCUCAGGGAAAAUUCGAUUGGGUUAUUGGGGCCCACAUCGCGGAGAGCAGCAGAAGAAAGGUGUACAUUCACAUUCCGAUGACGAAGAAAGGACAAGCAAAAAUCCGACUCGACGGCCGUGACGAGGUUCUUAACGAAGGCGAUGGCGCAUUUAUUGAUGGUGUUAAUGCAGGGGACAAGUUGACUGUGGAGAGUAUUGGUGAAGUUGAAGCCGAGGUCGUGGUUCUCGAUACAGCGUGAUUGGAUACCAUACGCAAUCAAUCAUUUAACCUAGUUAAAUCUCGGUUGGUUUUUACUUUUAUCUCUUCUAGAAUUGUCUUCCCACCUAACAUAAUCAUAGUAACAAUUUUUGUUAAAGGAAAAAAUGAGUCUCUGCUCAUUAGCGAAGAGCACCUAACUUGAUUAAAUGGCAGAUAAGCAGCAUUUAUUUCGAGGGUAUAGACGCAUAUAUAACCAGUAUCAUUAUCAAGUUACAUAUAAGUCGUCACCCGAGCCUAGGUAGUAUACGUGUAGGCAUGGAUGCGCAGGAUAGAUUUUGCGCAAUUGCGCAACGGUUGCAGAGGGGAAACCUGUCAGCAUUCGUCACCUCAAAAUAAUACAAUUCCCAAUUUAGCAAAAUAUAUAAUUUCUCUACA